AAAUAAUGAAUGUUAAUGUUAAUAUAAUGUUAAUACAGCGUGUAUGUGAUGUUAAUACGCGCGCUAUAAAACGGAUUAGUGUUGUUAUAAAAUACUAUCUAAAGCACGGAGCUAAUUAUUGAGUUGGAGGCUAAACGGAGGGCGGUUUGGGGGCGUGUCCUAAAUCGAGGGUAUGUUCCCUAUGAAGGUGCCCUAUGUAGCGCGCUAGAUGAGAUUGUACCGGUGGAUCCCGGAAGUAGAUCUGCGCACUUCGUGUGUGGUUUAGAACACAGCCGCUCGUGUGUCUUGGUUAGUGUUGUUAAAUGAUGUUAAUGUAGUCUAAUUAAAGUCUAAUCAUAAUUAGCAUAUUAUUAAUAAUCAUAUCAGAUCGAUAACUGGGUUAUCAGUGUAACAGUGUGUGAUGAUAAUAUUUGUGUGAAGGAUGAUGUGAGUGUGUGAGUGAGUGAGAGUGUGUGUGUGUGUGUGUGUGUGUGUGUGUGUGUACAGGAUGUCAGGUGUCCCCGUAACCCCACGCUGCAGGGACAUUGAGAGGAAGGCAGGAUACGUGCGUCCUGAGGAAUGUGCAGUUCCUCCGCCCCUCCUGUCGGUGGCGUCGUCCCCGUGGUGUAUCAGGGACGUGUGUGGUGUGGUGUGUGCAGUUAUCACCUGGUUCCUGGUGCUGUACGCGGACUUUGUGGUGAUGUUCGUCAUGCUGCUGCCUGUGAAGAGCGCAGUGUACAGUCUGAUCAACGCCACACUGUUCAACACACUCACCGUGCUGGCGCUCACGUCACACAGCCGCGCCAUGUGUACUGACCCUGGCGCUGUACCGAAGGGAAACGCUACUAAAGAGUAUAUUGACAGUCUUCACCUGAAACCAGGUCAGGUCGUCUACAAGUGUCCUAAAUGCUGCAGCAUCAAACCUGACCGAGCUCACCACUGCAGUGUGUGUAAGCGCUGUAUCAGGAAGAUGGAUCACCACUGUCCCUGGGUGAACAACUGUGUGGGUGAAAACAACCAGAAAUACUUUGUGCUGUUUACGAUGUACAUUGCUCUGAUAUCGCUCCAUGCUCUCAUCAUGGUGGGGUUCCAUUUCAUCCUCUGCUUUGAGCAGGACUGGACAAAGUGCAGCAGCUUCUCCCCCCCGACCACGGUGGUCCUGCUGAUCCUGCUGUGUUUCGAGGGUCUUCUCUUCUUCAUUUUCACCGCCGUCAUGUUCGGUAGCCAGAUUCACUCCAUCUGCACCGACGAGACUGGUAUAGAGCAGCUGAAGAAAGAAGAGCGACGAUGGGCCAAGAGGUCCAAGUGGAUGAACCUGAAAGUGGUCUUCGGCCACCCGUUCUCUUUAGCAUGGUUCAAUCCGCUGGCCGUUCCCGAGCACGGCAAAGCCGACCUGUUCCAGUACGUCGUCUGACUCGGACUGGGUUCUGAUCCGCAGAGGAAGUGCACUGAGAUGGCCUUAUUCUCCAUUUCAUUCUUUUCAGGGGUGAUUCAGAGGCGUGUCCUUAGAGUGUAUAAAAACUGCCUUUUUGUUCAUUUUUCUACUUGGAUUAUAUUUUCACACUGUCUGGUGUGAGAAUAAUAUAUACAUUUUUAACCGG